CAUUGUGAUUAACUAUCAAAUGUAACCAAUCUAACAACAGUGAUAGACCGAUGCAGUUGGAUAUGAAGACUGGAUCUCUGUGAAAAUACAAUAAUUUGCAUAUCUGUACUAUUUCUACGUUCGCUACAAACUGAGCGGAGAGCAGUGCAACUCAUCGCGUGGCUGCAGUGACCGAAUAAAAUAGGGGUGGCUCGUAUUUUCAUCUGUCUAACGGUUUUCUGAGGACAGUUUGUAUAAUUGGAGUGACUGAUUGGCAGUAUCGUUUUAUCAUUCUUAUCAACUACCAAAUGUAACUAAUUUAACAACAGUGAUAGACCAAUAUGUUAACGCAGUUGGACAUGAAGACUGGAUCACUCUGAGAAUACAAUUAUCACUAAUUACCCAGCAUAUUAAUGGACCGUACUCUUCUUAUCAGUGGAAUUAACCAGUUAACACGAUGAGAUAUAGAAAGUUGCAGCUUAUGAUAUUUGCGUUCUGCAUUGCUAUUUCAUGUAUUGUCAUCUACCAUAACAGCUCCACGUAUUAUCGAUUACAAAAAGUCUUAAAAGGAAGAUUACUACAAAGAGCUGUUUUUUCAAAUGUGACAUAUAGAAAUGUCAACACUGUGAGAUAUAAUGUCACGACACAAACACCACCCGAACAGAAACCCACUCCGAUUCCGUUGCGCGGAUGGCAGCAAAAUGUACAAUGGGAGCCAGGAGCUGAGCUGGAUAUAUAUGAUUUUUUAAUCAAUCCUGUCGAUAAGUGCAACGCUGGAAAAGAUAAUAUCACAUUACUUGUCUUAAUUAAAUCAGCACCAGGUAAUACUCGACGCAGGGAUGCUGCCAGGCGGACGUACAUCAGUGGGGCCGCGAAAUUGAAUGUGUCCACAAGGUUGCUUUUCAUCGUAGGAGAUACCAAAGCACGAAACGAGAGGAAAAACAUUCAAAUAGAGGCCCUAAGACAUAGAGAUAUCCUGAACGUGGGCUUCCACGACGGUUAUUACAAUCUCACCAUCAAACUGGUCAUGGGGUUUAAAUGGGCCUUGCAAUUUUGCAACAACAGUGAAUUCUUAAUGUCGAUUGAUGACGAUGUCAUGGUUGAUAUCGUGACCCUCGUCAACGACCUCGACGCCUUACCCUCGAAGGAUCACUUUCAAUUCGUGCUGGGAUCUAAGGUAGAGGGGUCUAAACCGUUUCGUGACGUGGAGAGUAAACGGUACAUACCAAAGAACUUCUACCCAGCUAAGACGUACCCUCCAUAUUCAUUCGGGCAUGGGUAUGUUAUGUCACGCCACGUAGUCGAAGAACUCUAUCUGAUAUCCAGAGAAAUCCCAGCAACGAUGCCGUUUGACGAUGUUUAUUGCGGUAUACUCUUGGACAAGUUAAGCAUCAGAAUCGUUGACCGAUCUACAUGGUUUAAAGACCACCACCCGCAAAAGAAAGAACAGGAUUAUUUAAAGAUUGAGGUAUCAGCGCAGGAAAUGGAGAAAGCUUGGAAAUGUCUUGGAGAAGAUAAGCUAACCUCUACCUGGUCUAUGUGUUUCUUUUGUUGGGGUAUGCGUUGCAUAUAUUAGCUACUGCUACGUCGGACAAGCUUCAAGCUUGUCAGACCAAGCAACCAGUAAUGUAAGCUAAUGUAUGUGGGUGUGUUUUGAAGAAGACUUUGAAGAAAAUAGAAUUUUCGGCCCCGUCUUUUAAAGAGUUAACUAAUUUAUUUAUUUAUUUAUUUCUGAUAUUGAGACAGGGUGACUCAUUAUCACUAACAAUGGUGGUCUUUUGUGAGGCCCUGUUAAACAUAUUAAAAAAUAAUA